AUGAAUCAAAAAGAUAUACAAUUAGAUCAAUUAUCAUUACCGAUUAAUGAUAGCUCAUCAAAAUCAAUUUGUCGUGUACAAAAUUAUUCAAGUGAUCAAAUAUUAACUGAUAUAACAAUGAAUACAUCUAUUCGAAGUAGUUUUCUUAAAUCACCAAUACAUCGAAAUAUUUUAGGACCUGUUUUGGAUACAUCAGAUGUUUGUCCACAUGUAAUAAUAUCUAAUACAUUAAAUUAUAGACUUCGAUGGCCUGAUGAUGAUAAUAAUCAAUUAUUAGAAGAUUCAAUCAAUGUAAUUAAAGGUUUACUUAAUUAUGAUUCGAUUUUACGAUUUCAAUUGGACGGUAUAUGA